AUGGCUCGUGCUGUGUCCGGGAUGGAAGCUGGAGGCAUGCAGGUGCGGGACGACACCUACAAGAUGGUGCACGGGCUGCAGACCCAGGUGCAGAGCUACAAGCUGUACAUCACCAAGGAGUCCCUGUAUCAGCAGAGAGUCUGCUACCAGGACCUAGAGAACAGGCUGAAGGAAGCAGAGUUCUGGAUGCAGAGGCUGGGCAGCUUGGCCCAGCUGGUGAACCUCCUGACCUGCCAGAAUCUGGUCUCCAUCGUGCAGGAGGAGGUCACGGCCUUCGUCAACAAUGUCAUGAUGGCCAGUGGUACCAAACGGAAGGCUGUCCUCCGCGUGCACCUGGUGUUUGACACUGACAGCCAGCUGGUCCCCUUUCCCUCCAGCCAGGCACUGGAAACCAGCCUGCUGGGCACCCUGGACUCCGUGGUGGAGUCUGUCCUGCAGGUGACCUGGACCAGGAAAGAGAAGUCAGUGACCCCGCCUGAGCAGAGUCCUGCAGCGCCAGAGGCUCACCGAAGUCAAGACGCCCAGCCCAGUGCCCUGAGAGAGGCAGAUGACAGAGGCCCCCAGCCCCCUGAGGCGCUGCUCCAGAGCCUGCCUACGGAGGUGCUGUGUGGCCAGGACCCACAGCUGGUGCAUCAUCUGGAUCUGAAGGUCAUUGGGGGUCUGGAGGUGACUGGGCAGCGGCUGAAGAGCCAGUACCCAGUGCCAUCGAGGGAGCAGCUGGAGCAGGACCUGCGCACCGACAGCAGGAUCCAAGGGGCUCUGGCCAGCCAGCGAGCUCUGCUUGUGGCAGCCCUGAGGGAGACCCAGGAGAUCUGCAAGCAGCACACAUGGGUGGCAGAGAUCCACAGCUUUGCUCACAGCUGGAGCCCCAAGCAGCUGGAGCUGAUGAAGGGCUGGCCUGCGGGCGACUACGUGCAGCUAGUGGUGCAGCUGCGAGCCUGGGCAAAACGGAUCCGAGAGGUGCCCUCCACUGUCAUCACCUGCAACCGGCUCUUCCUGGUGGACUGCAGCAGCGUGCAGCAGGAGACUGUGCCCCUUCUGGACUCCAUCAGCAGGGAGAUCCUCUCCUUGCUGCUGAGCGAGACGUCCCAGCGUAGCGAGAGCCUCAUUGCCGAGCUGGGCGCGCUGGUGCAGCUCUACCAGAAUGUCAGCACCAACAUCUUCACCAUCGCCAAGUGCUCCCAGAAGCUGGAGCAGUACCGAGGCCAGAUGGCAGAGCUGCAGGAGCGUGUGGAGUAUGUGCGUGCUCUGAACGAGGUGAUCCGUCUGCGCUUUCGCCCGCUCAGCCCGUACGAGGAGAAUCUGGAGAACACGGUGAGGCUCCCAGCAAUGCCAUGCUAAGGUUGGGAUACGAGACCAUUAGUCCAGUCUCUUGUCUACAUCCCUAAUCUCAAUAUAUCAUGUGGCAGUGAGUUCCGCAGGCUAAACAUUCAUUGUAUGAAAAAGCUCUGUUAUCUGGGGAACUGAGGUAUGCAAUUGUUGUGUUACUAAGGCCAACACCUCUUUUUCACAAGCGGUAUAUUGUUGUUUUACUUCAGAUAAGGUCCGGGACCCAUAUGCAACUGGUUUGGUUGAUGUUCCUUUUUCUUGCAUCAAUAUGGCCCCAAUGGCUUCUUUCCCUGUGGACAACUGUAGGUGGAACUCCUUAUUGGGGUCAGGAUAGGCAAGUGCUGGGGCUUGCAUCAAAGAUUGUUUUAACUGCAUGAAUGCUUCCUGUUGAACAGCGCCCUACUGCCAAGGUUGGGAUUUCUUUAAUAGCUUAUAAAGUGGUUUUGCUUUCAGCCCGAAGUUCUCAAUGAAAUCCCUACUGAAACCCAAAAGGCCUAAAAACAUCCUUAAGGUGUGAACGUCUGUUGGCGCAGGAAGGCUGGCAAUCAUUUUAAUACGCUCCUGGUCGGGUUUCCUACCAUCUUUGCCUAACUCCACUCCUAAGUAUGUGACGCUGGUCUUAACUAACUGGGCCUUGGAGGAGUUGAUCAAAAAUCCAGCUUUUCCCAAGGUGUCCAAUACUUCUUCUAAAACUUUCAAGUGCUCCUCUCGAUCUACUGUCGCUAUCAAAAUAUCGUCUACAUAGCUUAAAAUAUGUUUGGCAUAUUUACAGUUUUUCCAUAGAUUUGUGACCGCUCGAUGGCAAAUUGUAGGGGCAUUAUGGAACCCUUGUGGUACUCGGGUGAACGUAAAUUGUUGGUGUAAAUAGGUAAAAGCGAAUUUGUACCAUGAAUCAGGAUGGAGAGGUAUUGAGAAAAAUGCAUUGGAUAUAUCAAUUACUGAAAACCAUCGUGCACCAUUAGCAAUUUGAGCAAUUAUUUCGGGGUAUUUUGCAACUACCGGGGUCAUUUUAGGAGUUACUUUGUUUAACUCCCGAUAGUCUACAGUGAGCCGCCAGGAUUUCCCAUCAGCCUUUCUGACCGGCCAUAUUGGGGAAUUACACGGGCUAUCACACUUGACGAUUAUCCCUUGUGUCAAUAGAGCCUGUAUGGUGUCGUCUAUCCCCUUCUGCGCUUCUAUUGGAAAUUUGUAUUGCCUAA